AUGAUAGCAGUGGACUGCAGCCUGCCUGAUCUAGUGUCCAGAGGCAGUUCAGUGCAUGCACAGAACCCAGACAUGAGCUGCACUAAGAGCAUUAUCACAGAUUGCCUGGCAACUCAGAGAAUGUGCAGAGCCAGAUGUGAACUGCAGUUUCAGCAGAUCAUGGAGUGCCUGACCCAGUGUCACCAGGCGGCUCAGGGCACAGACAGGAUGGGCACAGACAUGAACCACAGUGUCAGCGACUCCCCGAUGUACUUCCUGCUCAGCCAUCUCUCCUUCAUGGAUAUCUUGCACAUUUCCAACAUCAUCCCCAAAAUGAUCACCAACUUCCUGUCUCUUCUCUCUUUUUUUAGAAUGAACCAAACAUUUAGCAACACGGCCAUGCCUGGUGUGUUGGCACCUUUGGGGCAGGUGCAUGUCCAUCAUGACUACCUGGCAUGGGGUCUGCAGGCUGCCACGUUCUCUGGUCCUAAAUGGCUGACUGUGCAAAGCCAUAAAACACGAUUGAAGAAAGUUUCGAUGCCUCAUGGCAGUGUGAACAGGGUGGCGGAAGGGCUGGUGGGGACCCUCAACUCCAUUGUGCACACAGUGUAUGUGCUCCACUUUCCCUUCUGUGAGCCUAGGGUGAUCGAUCACUAUUUCUGUGAGAUCCCUGCCCUGCUGAAGUUGUCCUGUGAGGACACAUCACACUAUGAAAGAGGGGUUGAUGUUAGCGCCAUUAUUUUCCUGUUCAUCCCUUUCUUCAUGAUCUCUCUGUCUUAUGUCAAAAUUUUGCACACUGUCUUGCAAACCAAAUCGUCCCAGGCCUGGAAAAAGUCCUUUUCCACCUGUUCCUUCCACAUGGUUGUGGUUGUCAUGUACUAUGGGCCACUCAUUUUCACAUACAUGAGACCUAAGUCGUACCACACUCCUGGCCAGGAUAAGGUCCAGGCCAUAUUCUAUACCAUCCUCACGCCCAGCCUCAACCCUAUCAUCUACAGCUUCAGGAAUAAAGAUGUGCUAAAGGCAAUGAAAAAUAUUGUAAAAUAUUCAUUCAUGAUAAAAAAUUUGUAA